UAUCGUUACCACCCAAACCCUAAACAAGCUUCUCGUUAUAUAUAUCUUAGUAAUUCUAUCAUUUUAUUCAGGAAAAUAAUUCAACUUCACGUUUUGUUGUUGUUCCUCAUAAAAUUGUCCGUUUUUUAUUUCUUACUUGCUACAGAAAACGAAGACUGCAGCGUAUAUUUGUAAAUUUUCCAUUUUCCAAUGAAUCAUGCAAGCAUGGACACUGAGUUACCCACCAUCAGCAAAGGCCAGAUGGCAGCGCCAGUUCCCGAGAACCAGGGGAGGGGGCGGCGCGGUGUGUGGCAGCGAAGAACCGCCCUGGAGAAAGCGCUGAUGGGGGUGUGUGGCGUGGCCCUGCUGGCCUGCGUGGCGCUCGUCGGCGUCGUGGCUACUUCCUCCUACUCCUCCUCCUCGUCCUCUACUGCCUCCUUAGCGGCCCCAGCGGAGCUGAUGCCACAGGCCAAGCCGCUCGUCUUCGUCCAGGACAAGAAGGACGCGCCUCCCCCGCCGACACAGGAGAUCAAAAAGGAUCCUCCCAGCCCGGUCCAGGUGACCACGGGGCCCGCCAAGUCCUCGCGCUUGCCGGUGCUGAAGGGCACUCUGAGCGGGGGGAAGGAGGUGGAGGUGUGCAACACGGUGGAGUGCACGCUGGCCGCCGCCUCCAUCAUCGAGGCCAUGGACUCCUCCGUUGAUCCCUGCGACAACUUCUACCAGUUCGCGUGCGGCGGCUGGAUGAAUGUCAACCCGGUGCCCGACGACUCGUCCCGCUGGGCACAGUUUGACGUGCUAGACCGGGAGCUGUCUAACGCCCUUAGCACCAUUCUGACCGAGCCCAUCGGCGCGGACGACCCGCAUCCCAUUGCCAAAUCCAAGAUCUUCUACGAGAGCUGCAUGAACGAGACGCACCUGGAGGAAGUGGGCCUAACACCCCUCACAGAUUUCCUAGAUCAGUUUGGCGGCUGGCCCAUGGCCACUAGUGAAUGGGACGAGUCCUCCUUUGACUGGCAGCUCGUGAUGGCCGAAAGUAAGGUCCAGACGGCGGCGGACUACUUGGUGAAUGUGUGGGUGUUCGCUGAUCAGAAGGACACCUUCACCACGGCCAUCUACAUGGACCAGACGUCCCUGGGCAUGCCCCGCUCCGUGCUGGUACAAAUGGAAAACUACGAGGAGCGCGUCGCCGCCUACAAGACCUACAUCACCACCACCGCCGAGCUCAUCGCAAAGUCGCUGGGACAAACCGUCGAUGCCGCUCAGUUGAAGAAAGACGUGGAGGACCUGCUGAAAUUCGAGGAAGAACUUGCAGAGAUUACCUCCCCGGCAGAAGACAGGCGCGACAUCGACCGCAUGUACAACCCCAUGACGGUGGAGGAGCUAAGCAAGCACACCGGCCUGGACUGGCUGCACAUCCUCUCCGACAUGUUCUCCCCCGCCGGCGUCACGGUGAACGCCGCCACGCGCCUCAUCGUGCAGGAGCCGCAGUAUAUUCACAACAUGACUGACCUCAUGUCGUCGACCAACGCACGAAUCAUCUCUAACUACUUGAUGUGGCGCCACGUCAAAUCCCUAGGCGGCGCCACCACGCGGUCCAUGCGGGACGCCGCCUUCCAGUACGACAUGGUGGCUAACGGAGUCAGUGCUGAAGAGCCGCGGAACAUCCAGUGCGCGAACGAAGCCAACACCUUCCUUGGAAUGGCAAUCGGCACCGAGUACGUCAAGACCUACUUCUCGCAGCAGGCCAAGGACGAGGCCAACGCGAUGGUGGAGGACCUGCGCGAGGCCUUCAAGAUCCUACUGGAGGUCAACGAGUGGAUGGACGCUGAAACCAAGCCCAAGGCGAUCGAAAAGGCCAACGCCAUCUCCAAGUUCAUCGGGUACCCUGACUGGUACGGCAACGAGACAGCCCUGGAGACCUUCUACGAGGGCCUCGGGGACAUGCACGAGAGCACGUACUUCGUUAAUGUGCUGGCCGUCGAAGGGUGGUCAGCGCGGGAGGAGCUGAGUGACUUCGGCAAGCCCAGUAAACGCGAUCGUUGGUUCUCGCCCCCGACCAUUGUGAACGCUUACUACAUGCCCGAGUACAACAGCAUCACCUUCCCAGCGGGCAUCCUGCAGCCGCCCUUCUACCGCUCCAACUCCCUUAUGGCGCUCAACUACGGCGGCAUCGGACAGGUGAUAGGACACGAGAUCACACACGGCUUCGACGACCAAGGCCGGCAGAACGACAAGGACGGCAACGCGCUGCCCUGGUGGACGAACGAGACACUGGAGGCCUUCCAGACCCAUGCCCAGUGCAUCGUGGACCAGUACGGCUCCAUCCGCCUCCCGGAGCUGGACGACCACCUACCCAACGCCACACUCAACGGUAUCAACACGCAGGGUGAGAACAUCGCGGACAACGGAGGUCUUCGCGAGGCACUUCUUGCUUAUCAGCUAUACGUGGAGCGCUUUGGGGAGGAGCCUAGACUACCUGGCCUGACGGAGUACUCACCGAUGCAGCUGUUCUUCCUCAACAACGCUAACAUCUGGUGUACAUCUACCACCAUGGAAGGCCUUCUCAACCAGGUGCUCACCGACCCUCACUCCCCGGCAAAAUUCAGAGUGCUGGUGCCGAUGCUGAAUAUGAAAGAGUUCUCUGAAAUCUGGAGCUGCCCUAGUGGCUCCGGUAUGAAUCCCGAGCACAAGUGUCAGGUGUGGUAGUGUGUGGUGGUGAUGGUGGUGGUUUGCCACGAUGCUGUGGUUAAUGGUGCUUUUUUUUGUUGUUGUUUCCUUGCUUUGUUUCCUUGCUUUGUACCUCCCCUCCCAUCCUCAUUUUUUUUAUUCUCAUUUAUGUACUUUAUUUCAAUAAACUGUUAAACUGGUUAAUGGCAAUGAAUGGCUGUAUGGCGGUGUGAACUAGUGGAAUGGUUAAUGGUGCUAAAAUAGUGGUGUGUGGUGUUUGUGGUUGAAGCAGCGGUUGGAGACGAAUGGUGUGUGCUACUGGUGGUGUUUUGAUGGUAGUGUGUGGUGAGGGAAGGGAGUGUGGUAGUGGUGAGAAGAGAUGGUGGUGUAUGGUGACGAAAAAAAGAUGGUGAGAAAUACAGUCAGGAAAUUCUCUCUCUCUCUCUCUCUCUCUCUCUCUCUCUCUCUCUCUCUCUCUCUCUCUCUCUCUCUCUCUCUCUCUCUCUCUCUCUCUC